AUGGGUUUAGAGAUGAAAAACUGCGAGCUGUGCAAGGUUCCGGCUCGGACCUUCUGCGAGUCGGACCAGGCCAGCUUAUGCUGGGACUGCGACGCCAAGGUCCACGGUGCCAACUUCCUCGUCGCCAGACACACGCGCACGCUCCUCUGUCACGCAUGCCAGUCACUCACGCCCUGGAAGGCCUCCGGCGCGGCCCUCGGCAAUACCGUCUCCCUCUGCGAGAGGUGUGCCGGAGGAACAGCCGAACAAGGUCAGGAGAGCCAAGGAGGCAAUGACGACGACUUAGACACAGACGAAGAGGAUGACUACGACGAUGAUGACACCGACGACGAGGUCGCCGCCGACGAGGACGGAGACAACCAGGUUGUACCUUGGUCCUCCUCGCCUCCGCCGCCGCCACCCGCCCCGAGCUCUUCCAGCAGCGAAGAGUCGGUUAGCCGGUGCAACAACGUCUACGAGGAUGUUUCAACCACAUUGAAAAGACGUCGCAAGAACAAUGAUUUGGAGAAUUUGAAUGCGAAUAAUUGGGGACUUCAACGAAGCGAAGUGGACAGAGGAGGUUGGUUGGUUCGGUUGCGGCGGCGAACCGCCCUGGAAGGUGACGGUGUUGCGGUGGAGCGACGGAGUGGUAGGGCGGUGAUUCCCUACGGUUGCGAUGACGAUGAUAGAGCCUCUGAAAUUUGA